GGUCACAAAUAAGUUAUUAGACAUGCCGUGUUUAAGGAUUCUUACUAAUGUUCCUAAUAGUAAAAUCCCUAAGGAUUUUGUGAAUAGAAUUAUUCCUGUGUUGGCGAAGGCUGUUAGGAAAGACGUUGAGAAGUUCUCAUGCGUGAUAUCAGGGGACUGCCAGGUGUCCUUCGCUGGGGACUCGUCCCAACCAGGGGCCGUCUCCACUCUCGAGUCCAUAGGACACGUCGCGCCGGAAGACAAUCGAGUGAUCGGGCGGGACCUGUCCGCGUUUGUACAGAAGGAGCUGGGAAUACACCCUGACAGGUUUUUCAUAAGUAUUUACGAUAUUAAAGGCACCAAUAUUGUAAAAGGCGGUGACACGCUACAACAAUAA